ACCCAGCCGGGCGGGCAGCCUGCCCUUAGGCCUGCCUGCCGCCGCAGCUGCUUUUCGUUGCCCCUCGAGGACAACGCCUCUCUUGGCACGCGCUGCCAGUAGAGCCCAGCCGCAAAGCCACUCGAGUCUCUAUUGGCUUGAUUGAUUGAUUCCUUGUCGCAUUUUAUCUGAACUCUUGUUUCGACUCUUGCAUACGUUUAUGUGUUUUACGCCGACGGGCGUGUAUCUUUGUGCCGCCGCCCAUGCUUGCUGCAUGUGCUGCUGCAUCGUUUUAACCUCAGCCGCAAACCCCAAUUCUUUCGCACCACCACAACCACCACACCACCUAUCGGAGCCACCUAAUAGACAGACAAGACAGUUGGUUACCAUUUCUGGCAAUGGGCUGAACCAGUCAGAUGACAUGCUAAGACAUUCAUCACCCCCUCCUCGCUGCCCGCCGGCCCGCCCAGAAAACCCAAACCAACUUCAAAGCGUGAUAUGCAGCGUAUUUUGACACAACCUAGAAACCGCGCCGCCUUCACUUUCCGCCCGCCAAGCCAUAUUUACUCGCUGGAAAACUACGAGACGGACCAUUCAGAC